AUGGAUGAGCUGGCGCUGACGACAGCCUGCCCCCACCAGCAACGGCGUGCGUUCGUGAGCUUCCUCACUGGCUCUGGGGACUACGUCAAGGGCGCGGUCGCAUUAGCAAAAAGCCUUAGAGCAGUGAACAGCGCUUACCCCCUCAUAGUUGCGGUGACGGAGUGUGUGCCUGUGGCGCACCAGAGGCUGCUGCGGCGGGAGGGGUGUAUAGUGCGCGAGGUCGCCAGGGUGGCGCCCCCUGGGGGAGGGUGCGGCUUUGAGUUUGCGAGGGAGUAUUACGCGGUCAACUUUUCGAAGCUACGCAUUUGGCAGUUCGACGACUUCGACAAGCUGGUCUACCUGGACGCCGACAUGCUCCUCUUCCAAAACGUGGACGAGCUGUUCAAUAGCCCCCCCGGAACGCUCAGCGCCGUCAUGGACUGCUUCUGUGCGGCGACUCCCGCCAUCUGGCACCAGUCCGUUCCCCGGUACAGACCGGGCUACUGCCAGCAGGUCCCCGACCGGCUGCCUUGGCCGCGGGACGCGCCCAAGCCGGCACCGUACUUCAACGCGGGGAUGCUCGUCUUCCAGCCCAGCUGUGCCGUUUUCGAUGACAUGCUGCGGAAGCUGGCGGAGUGGCCUCCGACGCCCAUGGCGGAGCAAGACUUCCUCAACCGGUACUUCGCCGGUGCGUACCGGCCGGUGCCCAACCGGUACAACCUGGUGCUCGCCAUGCUCUGGUGGCACCCCGACAAGGUCGACGUCAGCAGCGUCAAGAACGUGCACUACUGCGCGAAGGGCUCCAAACCGUGGGACUUCAACCCCAGCGCCCCGCACAUGGACCUGCCGAUCGUCAGAGAGCUCGUCGCGCACUGGCUUGAGAUCUACGGCUCAGAUCCAGCCUCGGGCGCCAUCGACGGCCUCGAAACGUUCUCAGCGGCGGCGAUUGCGGAAGCGGAGAUGCAACUGUCGGCCGCCGUUCAGCAGGAAGUUGUGCCGGGGGGGAUCAUGGCUGGAUAGUUCGGGCGACCUUUUGUCUGAGGCUGCGGUGAAAAGGUCGCCGGAUCCGUGGCCCCUGGACAGUGGCAGG